GAGCAGCUAAAGAGAUAGCACUUCAUAAAGACCCUGCUUUAAGCUGGCAGAACCUUGGUCAUACUGCUUCAUUAAAGAUUGCUGUCCCUUGUCUGUUGCAAAGGAUCACAACACAACUUCAGAGGAUGCUGGUGUUGUGUGACUUUCCAAAAAAUUUGUAUGAAAAGUUUGUUAAUUUUUUUCAGUCCAUCUCACUUCCAUGUCACUGUUUUGGCUUCUCAAAUAGCUUGAAUGUUGUGCCAUGGGACCAUGUAUUACUGACCACUGUUUUAAAAGGCCAGAACAUCACUGGUCAAAGAACACAGAAAGGAAGAAAAGUAUUUCUGUGGGAAACACUCCCUGUUAUAGAGGCUCGAGUGGAGAAAUUGGUAGACAAAAAGAACUAUAAAGAAGUUGUUCGCUACCUGAGAGCUGUGAAAUGCAAUGAUACCAAAGGGUUAAGAGACCUUCGAGAUAAAAUCCCAUUCUAUUUGUGUAAAACUGGAGACUUCCUUGAUGCUGCGCAUUCGCUGUUGUUUCCCGUCAAUAGCCUCGCCUGCUGUACUGCCUGCCGGAUAACACCUUUUCAGUUUGAGGUCUACCUGAAGAUGUUCAGAACAGGCAGUGUCCCCACUGGAAACGUUAUGCUAGACUCUGGGCCCUGGAUUACAGUUGGGUCUCCCUUGAAAGAUGGUGUUCUAAUUAAGCAGGCGCUCAAACUCCUUUACAGCAACGUGUCGCUAUACAGGAAUGGAGUGCUCGCUGCCAGUGGCAGCCUUUUGGAGGAACUGAAGGCAAAAAUUAAUGUUUCUUUACCACCUGCUAUUUUUUCUCCUCAUUUGCACCAUGAGGCUUGUCUUAUUCUCGCAGUACAAGCGGUACAACAGAUGCUUUUUUGUGAUCUUCCGUACUUGACUUCCUUCUUAGAGAUAGCCCUGGCUUUUGGGAAUAACUUUUGGGCUCUGAGGCUGUUAUUGGACCAUCUUUCCUAUGAAGAACAUGUUCUCCAUGGCAUUGUCAAUCUGAUUUUGAGAGAUCUAAAUCGUCAGAAAGCAACAAUGCUAAAACU